GGAAGCUGGGAGCAGCGCUGGCCCGGACGCUUAGUGCUCUCUCUCUCUGCCUGGUUGUCACUGCCCGCUCUGUGCAGGUCCCGAGCCAUCGGCUCGGCAUCUCCGCCGCCCCCCGGGAGCCUGGCCCGUGAGCCCGCCGGAGCGCGCCUCUCAGGUCUUCCCGCGGCCCUCUGAGGCUUCGUCGUUCUCUCUAGGCCGCGGGUCCGCAUCUCCGUCCCUGGCGCUCGGCGACUCCCUGCACUCUGAGCUCUGGCGCUGGACAGCUUGUCACCCGUGGUCCCCGGCUCAGGUCCCCGUUAUCCCUCCCCUCCUGGGCUGCGCUAGGGGGCGCGGUCCGACUCAUCCCCGCUUCGGCACGGAGCGUCUCCACAAUGGCUUCCCUUUAGGUAGAGAACAAGCAGUCUAGGCCAAGGGGUCUAGAGAGGAUGGUGACCCCCUGGCGUUUGUCUGUCAGGGUCUGCUUGUCACACUUAAGAUGCUUUGAGUUCAGAAAGGAACUUGGGCAUUCCAGACCCCUGGGAUGCUCUCGCAAUGCCAGACUAUGUUGGUUUCUGCUAGGUACUUUGCCCAAAUUAAUCUCAGCCCAUGGCAGUGUUGGAGAGGGGGCGCCUGGCAGCUUGUGCCAGAGAAAGACUCACUGGAGUGACCUGGCGGAAAAUGGACUAGUGGAGAAGGUGGCCCAAGAAGGGCCUCUGGCCCGCGUCUUACUGUGUCUCCGCCUAGGGCUCCGCGCUGGUGUGCUCUUGGCGAAAUUCUUCCCCCUCCUCUUCUUGUACCCUCUCACCUACUUGGCCCCUGGCCUCUCCACCCUCUGGCUCCAUCUGCUUUUCAAAGCUACAGAGACCUCAGGCCCAACAUAUAUCAAAUUGGGCCAAUGGGCCAGCACCCGGCGCGACCUCUUUUCAGAGGCUUUCUGUACCCAGUUCUCCAAGCUGCAUGUCCAGGUGACCCCCCACCCUUGGGCAAGGACGGAAUACUUACUCCAGCAGGCAUUUGGGGAGGAUUGGGGCAGCCUCCUCUUUUUCGAGACCCGGGAACCUGUAGGUUCAGGUUGUGUGGCCCAAGUGUACAAAGCGUUCGCUAGUAUUUCCUUGUUGGAGGAAGACAGGAUCUGGAGACUUGGGGAGCUCUCUGCCCCAGGAACCAGGGCCGUGGUGAUGCAGAGAGAGCCCUUUAUGAAAGACCGGAAGCCUUCAGAAAACCUUGCCGACGAAGCAUUUCUAGAAAAACUGCUUCUUCCUAAAGCUGACCUUGGUGGGUCAGAAGUGGGUGUGUCUCAGGCUCCCUGGCAUCUGCCUAAGUCAGAUCACCUCAUCCCAGUGGCAGUGAAAGUAUUACACCCAGGCUUGCUCUCUCAGGUGUCCAUGGAUUUACUGCUGAUGAAGAUUGGCAGCAAAGCCCUGGGGCUUUUACCUGGAGUCAAAUGGCUUAGCUUGCCUGAGAUCGUGGAGGAAUUCGAGAAGCUCAUGGUCCAACAGACAGACCUGCGCUAUGAAGCUCAGAAUCUAGAGCACUUUCAGCACAACUUCCAGGACAUGGCAUCUGUGAAAUUUCCCACCCCACUGCGCCCCCUCAUCACUAGGGAUAUUCUGGUGGAAACGUAUGAAGAGAGUGUUCCAGUGUCCAGCUACCAGCAGGCAGGAAUUCCCACCGAUCUGAAGAGGAAGAUUGCACAGCUGGGGAUCAACAUGCUUUUGAAGAUGAUAUUUGUGGAUAACUUUGUACACGGAGAUCUACACCCUGGAAACAUCCUGGUCCAGGGUGCUGAUGGAGUGUCCCCAAGCCUGGAGAUGCAACAGCAGCAGGUGAAUGUCUGUGACACACUGGUGGCUACCAUAGCGCCUGCCCUGUGCCCACUGCGCCUGGUGUUGUUGGAUGCUGGCAUUGUGGCAAAACUGCAGGCUUCUGACCUGAGGAAUUUCCGGGCAGUUUUCCAGGCUGUAGUGAUGGGACAGGGCCAUCGAGUGGCUGAGCUCAUGCUGCAUCAUGCCCAGGCCAAUGAGUGCAAGGAUGUGGAAAGGUUCAAGGCUGAGAUGGCUACACUGGUGACCCAGGCCAGGAAGAACAUCGUCACACUGGAAAAGCUUCAUGUUUCCAGCCUCCUAUCCAGUGUCUUUAAGCUACUGAUGACCCAUAAGGUAAAGCUGGAGAGCAACUUCGCCUCCAUUGUGGUUGCCAUCAUGGUGCUGGAGGGGCUCGGCCGCUCACUGGACCCCACGCUGGACAUCCUAGAGGCAGCAAAACCCUUCCUCUUCAAAGGGCCAGCAUCAUUCCUGUGACAGUGGCAGUGUGCACACAGUGAAGGCAGAUCCUCAGGGUCUGCCCUUUGGCAGCUAAGACACCUAAAACUGGAUGUGUGGCAGAGUCACCACCGCUUUCCCAGCGAGCCAGCUUCAGGGUCUGCUUAAAAACCGGGUUAUUUUAGGGCAUAAAGGGAGGGACGCUGGAACUGGUGCCAGGGGCACUAUUUCAGGAAAAAUGGUCUGUAAAAGACGACAAAAUACAUUUACUUAUUUUGUUUUUCUGUUUUCUUCUUCUUAAAAAAGGUGUGUGUUGCAUCUUGUCUGCCUGCCUGCCUGCCUGUAUCUAUGUGUAUGUAGAUACCUACUGAAGGCCAGGUGAGACCAUUGUGUCCUUUGGAGUUAUAGGCAGUUGUGAAUGCUGGGAAAUGAAUUUAGGUCCUCUCAAGAGCAGCAGAGUGCUACUAACCACUGAGCUAUCUCUUCAACCCUUCCUUGGUCCCUCCCUCCCUCCGUCCCUUCCUUCCUUUUUAAAUUGCAUGUACUUGUGUAGGAGGAGGGGCUGUGGCAAUCAGAACCACAGGGAUUUCUAGGGAUUGGACUCAGGACUUAAGCCUGGCAUCGAAUGCCUUCAGUUCAGCCAUCCUGCUGCCUGUUUUUCUUUUUUCUUAACCCUCACACUCUUUGGUCCUCUUUGCUGGUGGUUCUUACCCUUAGACUUAGGUUAGAAAAUGCCAUAAAAUCCUGUAGACCACAAUUUCCAAUUUUUUUUUUGAAAAUUAUGUAUGCAGUUAGGCAGUGGUGUCACACACCUUUAAUCUCAGUGCUUGAGAGGCAAAGGCAGGCAGAUCUUUGGGUUUGAGGCCAACUAAGUCUACAGGGUGAGUUCCAGGACAGCCUGGACCACACAGAGAAACCCUGUCUUGAAAAACCAAAAGAAAAAAAAAGUCUAGAUUUGACAAAAAGUUGAAAGCCAGUUUAAGUUUUAUAUGGGCACUGUCAAUACUAGAGAAAUUUUGAAAGCACAAUUGGCAAUUUAAUGGGUUCAAGUUAUCUUGACAAUUUUUAAUAUUUGCUAAUUUCUUCCUGAAUUUAUUUUUCAGUGUUAAAAUAAUGAGGCUGGUGGUAUAGCUCCACAGUGGAGGCUUAGUCCACCAGGUCUGCGGCUCCAGGUUUAAUCCUCAGCACCACCUACCCCAUCAGUGACUGCUGUAGAGCCAACGACUUCCUCUCUUUGUUGGUGGGGAGGGGAUGCAGCAAGUCUUUAGGAAAUAAAGUAAACAUCAUUUCUCUUUUCUC